AUGACUUCCCACGAUGUGCGCGACAUGCUGGAUCUGCCAGACGCGGCAGCAUCUCGACCAACCAAGAAACAAAAGAUUUCCACCCAACGACCAACUCUGAAGGGUCUGGCGCGCGAAGUUCAGAACCUAAGUGGAGAUAAUCCGAUCGCGAUUGUGCCCGAGAUCUCAGUUUUCAAGAAAAGGCGGUUUGCAAGCCGGAAACCUGCUGCGAAGUGGGAGCUUAGAUCAUUUAAGAACCCCGCGAGGGAAGACGAUUCACUCACUCUACGCCACUGGAGGAGGAAGCAGGAGACACCGCCUGCCCCUGCGGGAUAUGAUGGCAGUACAGAUCUACCAGAUACUACCAAUCCCGAACCGGAGAUCGAACGUUCUGCCUUUGCGAAAUUCAAUGUCCAGGUUAACGUCCCAGACUAUACGGACGAUGAAUACAACAAGAGACUACAGAACCCCGACUGGUCAAAGGAGGAGACGGAUUACUUGAUGGAUUUGGCCAAGCAAUUUGAUUUGAGGUGGCCGGUGAUCUGGGAUCGAUACGAAUAUGAACCUAUCAUACCUUCGAUGGAUGUAGAGACAAAUCAAACCGCCAUCGUUGUGACAUCCAAGGUCCGAAGCAUGGAGGAUUUGAAGGCCAGAUAUUACUUUGUUGCGGCGACGAUGAUGAUGCUGAGGAAACCACCCAUUCAGAUGAAUACCGCAGAGUUCAACUUACACGAAGUCAUGUUGAAUUUCAAUCCGGGACAGGAGACACUCCGCAAGAAAUUCGCCGAGGCCGCCUUUAGGAGGACCAAGGAGGAAGCUAGGGAGGAGGAAAGCCUACUGCUGGAAUUGAAACGCAUUUUGGCAAGAUCGGAGAAACUAAAUGAUGAACGGCGCGAAUUAUACGCUCGAUUAGAGACCCCUCCAAGCACUGGCAACAUCGGCAUAUACACGUCAAGUCAAGGCCUACAGCAACUCCUUCAACAACUCAUGACUGUCGACAAGACGAAGAAGAGAAAGUCGCUGAUGGUUGGCGAUGGAGUCAGUCCAGCCGCCGGCCCCAGUGGACAAGCCCAAAACGCCAACGCCGACCGCCGCGAAAGUUCUGUUCGGGAAUCGACCACUGGACCCAGUGGCGCCCCGGGCAAGAAGGGUGCACAAGGUCCCAGCGAGCGUCGUCAACUUACCGAGGAGGAAGAGAGAAUUUAUGGCGUGUCUCGACAUGAGCGUCUCACCAGCGGCCCAGCGUUCCGUCUCGAGAGGAUUAGCAAGCCGCUCAUCAGCAAAUCCGCCGUUCAGCAAACCAAAAUCUCUAAUGUCCUCACUGAACUGGAGGUCCCGCAAAGACUCAUUAUGCCCACUGCCGAAGUUGGUGAGGCUUACGAGUCGGUGUUGCAGAGCAUUAAUGUUCUUCUCGAGGCACGCAAAGUAGCAGAUAAGCUCGCUGGUGAGGUUGCUGUUGCCAAGGCGCAGAAGGCCGAGAAGGAGAAGGCCGCGAGGCUUGCGCGUGGUGAACCUGCAGAUGGGGAUGCUGAUGCCGCGGUGAAUGGCACCGGUGAGGCGGAGGGCUCGGAGGUGAAGCAGGAGGAGAGAGAGAAGAGUGUUGCUGCCAGUAUUAAGGGCGGUGGCGCGCAUAAGAGGAGUGCAAGUGUGCUUAGUGCUGCCAGUGAUAAGAAUACCAAGCGGCAGAAGAAGUAA